GAUAUAAAGCACAGCGCAAUGAUACAGUUUAAACCGAUUAGCUGUCUUAUUUUACUAGUGUUUCUUUUUGAAACUGGGUGUACAGAAUUUUGUUUAAGAAAUGAUAUGCACGCAUUAAUUUUAGCCCGCGGAGGAAGCAAAGGCAUUAAGCUGAAAAACUUAGCUGAAGUUGGAGGAUUGUCACUUUUGGCCCGCACAAUCAAAACAAUUCAAAAUUCGUCUUGCUUCAAACACAUUUGGGUUUCCACAGAUGACAAACGAAUAGCCAUCGAGGCGCAGAAGUACGGUGCCAUUGUACAUCGUCGCCCUGAGAAAUUCGCUAGAGAUGAUACCCCUUCAAUUCAUGCAAUUACGGAAUUCCUAGAUGUUCAUAAGAGUAUUGAAGACUUUGCCUUGUUUCAGUGCACAUCCGUUUUUCUAAAAACGAAAUACAUUCAAGAAGCUGUUCAAAAAUUUGAUUCUCAUGACUGUGUUUUUGCUGCUAAGAGGUCGCACUAUUUACGAUGGAAAAUAGUUGAUGAUAUUUUGGUUCCAGCGGAAUUCGAUUUAAAUGCUAGACCAAGACGUCAGGACUGGAAGGGUGAUAUUGUGGAAACAGGAAUGUUUUAUUUUUCAAGAAGACAUCUAAUAAAUAGUGGUCUCUUACAGAAUAACAGGUGCUCCAUUGUGGAAAUCGAUGUCAAAGACGGCUUAGAAAUUGACUCAAGCCAUGAUCUUACAUUGGCCAAAUAUAUUUUAAGUAGUGAAACCAAAACGGAUUUAUAAACAUUAAAACUUAUGUUCUUGUUUGUUGGCAGAAUUACUAGUUCAUUAUAUCCUAAGAUCAUUGCUUGUGGAAAUCAAAUAAACGUAUUUGAUUUAAAUGUUUUGUUUAAAAAAAAUUUUUAUU